CACUCCUUUCCUUGGACCAAACUCUUCAAUCGCAUCCAUCUUCAUUUCUCUCAUUCUCAUUCACUCUCUUCACUUUUUGAGUUUUGAAGUUAAUUACUUUGACCCCUUUUCUUUAUUAUGUGAAAGUGACAUCAACAAUCACGGUUGAAUGAAUCUACUUGCAUGCUCUUAUUCUUGGAGUUUUGAUUGAAUUUGGAAGGUGAAGAAAGAAAAGAGAGAAAUGGGUUCAGGUUCAAAAGUAGGGAAUAGCAGCUUUGAUUACUCGUUUAAGGUGUUAUUGAUUGGUGACUCUGGUGUUGGCAAGAGCAGCCUCCUCCUCAGCUUUAUCUCCAAAUACCUUCAUCAUCAUCUUUCCCCCACUAUUGGUGUGGACUUCAAGAUCAAGCUUUUUACCAUUGGUGGUAAAAGAGUGAAGCUUACUAUUUGGGACACAGCUGGACAAGAGAGGUUUGGAACGGUAAUAAGCUCGUAUUACAGAGGCGCCCACGGAAUCAUUCUUGUCUACGACGUGACAAAGCGCGAGUCAUUUACAAACCUGGCGGACAUAUGGGCAAGAGAAGUUGAGCUUUACUCCACCAACCCCGAUUGCAUCAAAAUUUUAGUUGGCAAUAAAGUCGAUAAGGAGAGUGAAAGAGCCGUUACAAAGGAAGAGGGUAUGGCUCUUGCGCAGGAGCAUCGAUGCUUGUUCCUAGAAUGUAGCGCCAAAACUCGGGAAAAUGUUCAGCAAUGCUUCAAUGAUCUAACACUAAAGAUGUUAGAGGUUCCGAGUUUACGUGAAAAUGGAUCAUCGAUAGUUAAGAGACAAAAGCAAAUACACAAUAAACCUCAGAGUGGCGAUUGUUGUUCGCAGUAAAGUAUGCUAUAGGCGCCACAUGAAUUUGAAACAGGUAUUACAACAAGUGAUGACACAAUCAAAUAGUUGGAAUGAUCAUAUAUAUGUUCCAACAUAUUUUGAACCUUGUUUCAGUAACUUCCCGAAGAAGGGACUAGAGAUCGAAAUUGUCCUCUUAUAGGACCCAAAAUCAACAUAGGGUGAGAAAUACUUGCAUGUUUCUGGAAUAAGUUUAAGGCUACACUAAGAACUUCACAACUACUAAUUUUUUUGUUUUUUAUUUAACACUAAGUCUGAAUAAUUAUUAUCAUUAAAAAUGAAUCGUUGUGGAUAUUCUUAGAGUAUGGAUUAAAAUAUGCUUCAGAAGCAUGUGAGUAUUUCUCCGAGAUUUACACUUUUUCUGAACAAAUGUACAUCUUAUUGUAAAUAUAUGCCUCCAGAUUGUGUUAGUAGGAAAAUAUGUAGCAAGUUUAUAUGUGUUAUAAAUUUGGUUUUGCCAUUGGGUAAUAAUCUUGGUGAAAAUCAGAGUGUA